AUGGCAACAACUGCAUCCUCAGGACCGCCCACAGUAGAACGAAGCAAUUCACGACGCCAUCAAUCAUCAUCAGGCACCUCAAGAUCAUAUUCCACAAGGACGAAGAGUAACGUCCCACCGCCUAGUCCAUCCCGCACCCAUUCGACCCACCAUCAUCGGUCAUCUUUGCGCCACGGUGCAGCAGUUGAAGACGUUCUGCCACAAGCCAACUAUGAGACAUCGAACGUUGCGCAUACAUCAAGAAGAAGCUCCAGCAAAGAUCGCCCUCUUCCACCACGGACGGAGUCGUCCAAGGGCGCAGGCCACCGUCGUUCGAGCCACAGUCGAUAUUCAUCAGACAUGACGAGCGCCGCAGCAAAUGGUGGGGGACCAGCUCCCGUGGUCACUCCACAGGAGUCUAGGCAAUCAGGAAGAACGGGCAAAUCGAGGACUACGAUACCUGCUGCUACGGGGAAUUGGGUCCUGGGAAAGACCAUUGGGGCGGGGAGCAUGGGCAAAGUAAAGCUAGCUCGGAGAGUUGAAGGUGGGGAACAGGUUGCUGUCAAGAUCGUACCUCGAGGCUCUACUGAUGAAGGGCAUAAUCAAAGUCGCGCAGAUAGAGAACGUGCCGAUCACUCGAAGGAGGUUCGAACUGCUCGAGAGGCCGCGAUCGUUACCCUGUUGGACCAUCCAUACAUAUGCGCAAUGCGAGAUGUUGUUCGGACUACAUAUCAUUGGUAUAUGCUUUUUGAAUAUGUCAACGGGGGACAAAUGCUCGAUUACAUUAUCUCACACGGAAGAUUGAAGGAGAAGCAGGCUAGGAAGUUCAGCAGACAAAUCGCGAGCGCCCUGGACUACUGCCACCGAAACAGUAUUGUCCACAGAGACCUGAAGAUCGAGAACAUUCUGAUCAGCAAGACUGGUGAUAUCAAGAUCAUUGAUUUUGGUCUCAGUAACCUGUUUGCUCCCCGGGGUCACUUGAAGACAUUCUGUGGAAGUUUAUACUUCGCAGCUCCCGAGUUGCUCCAAGCGAAGGCAUAUACCGGCCCCGAGGUGGAUGUCUGGAGUUUCGGCAUUGUCCUAUAUGUUCUAGUGUGUGGGAAAGUCCCUUUCGAUGAUCAGAGCAUGCCAGCCUUGCACGCAAAAAUCAAGAAGGGGAUUGUGGACUAUCCAAACUGGCUAUCUCCAGAAUGCAAAAACCUUAUCUCCCGAAUGUUGGUAACGGAUCCAAAGCAACGGGCAAGUCUGCAGGAGAUUAUGAAUCAUCCUUGGAUGACUAAAGGAUUUGGAGCUCCACCGGAGAACUACCUCCCAAAUCGCGAACCCCUGCAAAUGCCUCUCGAUCCUUCGGUUAUCCAGGCAAUGACUGGAUUUGAUUUUGGUUCACCAGAAACGAUACAGGCCCAGUUGAGUGAGGUAGUGGAGUCCCAGGAAUAUCAAAGAGCAGUUCGAUUGGCUAUGCAAGAACGAGAGAACCAAGGGCCUCCCAGAGAUCCAGAGAAGAAGAGGGGAUUCGGUUUCGACUUUUACAAAAGAAGAAAUUCGUCGAACAGCCGAGAUACCUUGACGGCUCCAAGCUCAGAUGCUCUGGCACUUGGUAGCGACCCUGUCAACGCGUUCCACCCACUGAUCUCGGUUUACUACCUGGUCAGGGAAAAGCAAGACCGGGAUCGACUUGCGGCCAAUCCUGGAGCUACAAGCAUGCCUCGAUCACCAGGAGAAGCUCCUCUUCAACUACCCGAUAUUGCACCACCAAAAGCAGCGCAUACAAAUGCUGCGGCAUACGAGAUGCCUGGAGAGAAAGCUACCGGAGGGAGAUCAAGACCUCGAGCUCGCACACAUGGCGAGGAUGAGGUAACUGAGAACAUGAAGAAUCUCAAAAUUCCUGGUGCAAGCGGCCCCGUCUCACCAGCCAUCCUGGAGCCUCCUCCUGAGCAACCUAGCGUUGCUCGCAAAGAGAGUACUGCAGCUGGCAUAUUACGACGUUUCAGCACUAGGAGACGCAAGGAGCCGUCAGACAAAUCUCACCCUCCUCUUGUGACGGUUCAAUCUCCACAUGAACACACCAGUCUGAGGAAGAGCUUCAGUGUUCGGAGAACCCGCGAAUCAACGGAAGGCGCUUCUUCAUCCAUGCUUCGAUCAGGUAGCAGCCAACCUCAGCAUAGCGAUCUCCUAAACCCACCUCGGUCCUCAGAUAACCCACGAAGUGGUAAAGCCCUAGGGCGAUCAACGAGUGUUAAUUCGGCAGAGUUUCGACGAAAGGAGAAUCGAAGAGGCGCAUCUGAGGCAGCACCUCCACGGGUCACCUACAAAGAACCUCCACCUACCUCUGGCUCGGACCAUUCUACUGUGAAUGAGAAGGAAAAGCCACCUCAAGAAGGAGAGCAACAGAAGUCCCACUUAAAUCCCAGAGCGGCUGCUUCCAUGAGAGCCAAGUCAUUGGGCCAUGCCAGAGGAGAGAGCAUCCAGGCUCGACGCGCCAGAAGAGCCGAGGCGAGAGAGGCAAAUGUUCCAGAGGAAACAGAUGCUGAACUUGGCGACGCAAGUGGCUUGUCAAACGAACGCAUUGACAAUGCAGAAAAUGUGAAGCCUGUUUUUCUCAAAGGACUGUUCAGCGUAUCUACAACAUCGACAAAGCCAGUGCAGGCCAUUCGCGCUGAUAUCAUCAGGGUACUUCGUCAAUUAGGGGUUGACUACAAAGAAAUCAGAGGUGGAUUCAGUUGUAGACAUACUCCAUCGAUUGAUUUGAAGAAGGUGGUGGAUCUGCCCCCGAGUAGCCAUGGAAACCAUACUCCAGGACACAAGCGGAGAAUCAGCUUUGGUGGAUUUAUGGGCGGUGGAAGCGCGGAGCGAGACCGGGAGGACUUCAGGGAAGCUGAACGAUCACCUCAGACCCCUAGAACUCCAGCAAGAGGUCGUGGAGACAACAGCUACACCAAUUCCGAUGCUUCAGAUGAGAGCAUUAGCAGAGAUCAUCGAGGCUCCUCUGCUCGCGCAGUUGGCGAAACGAGCACACACGUGCAAAGCGAGCUUGGCGGUAGCAUGAUCCUCGAGUUCGAGAUCUUCAUCGUCAAGGUCCCACUCCUAUCCUUGCACGGCAUCCAAUUCAAGCGUCUGGCGGGAGGCACUUGGCAAUACAAGAACAUGGCGGAUCAGAUCCUCAGGGAACUCCGCCUCUAA